GACAGGUCAAGGGUCAGUGAUUGAGUCAGACGUGCACACGCGAAAAUUUUUAUAUCACAGGAUUUCAACUUCAAGACGUCAUCCUGAAGGUCAAGAUGUUCCAGAAACCCUUCAGAGUCAAGUCCAAGACGGUCAUCCGUGGUUCCGAUAGGAGGAAACUUCGAGCAGAUGUAGGGAAGGCUCUCCCCUCACUAGCAGAAGAACAACUGCAGGAACUGGUACCCACCAAGGAAGACAUGUCUACCAUGAAGAUUUACACUCACUCUGGCAGGAACGUCACGGUCUACUGUCUGGGGAACAACCCUGUCUUCUUUGAGAUGGACAAGAACGUCUUCCCUACAGUGUACAGCUUGUGGAGAGUACCUGACAUGUUACCCUGUCUCACCACCUGGACUGAUGUACUCAAGAACCUCUGUGGAGGGGCAGACCUGAUGUUGCCCGGAGUGAUACCAGGAGAGGAGGGGCUGCCUGUGAUUGAGAAGAACAGCCUGUGUGCCGUCUCACUUCUGGGGAACAGAGCCCCCAUUGCGGUAGGCAGGACCACGAUGUCAUCAUCUCAGAUGCAGGAGUGUGGGAUGAAGGGGAAGGGAGUCACUGUGCUGCACACGUACCUGGAUCAGCUCUGGGAACAUGGUGACCAGACCCCCCUCCCCACCAUGGCUACCCAGCAGUCCUGUCCUGAAGGUCAUGUGCCUGACCUUGACUCAGGAGAUGCAACAUCAGAGGAACAACUGCAAGGACAACUUGCUGCAGAAGCCUCAAGCACCACGGACACUGUACCUAUAGAAAACCUGGUCUUAAAUGAUGACCUUGGUGAUGAAGGUGACCUUGAGAAAGUAAAUGACCUUGAUACAGAGAUUACUGUAGGUGGAGUGAAGGAUGAUGGGAAUGAAUGUGGAGAGGAAGAAGGAGAGACAAGAGAUGAGGAGGAUGAGGUAUCUCCUGUCGACCAAAUGGACUCUCUCCUGUACCAGUGCUUCCUCCACGCCCUGAAGACAAACGUGAAGAAGACUGACCUUCCCCUCCUCACCAGUAAACUCCUUAGAGGCCACAUGCAGCCUUGUUGCUGUCCAAGUUCCUCCAGGCCAUGCAGACCCAGGGGUUAAUCCAGGUCAAGGAGCUGUCCAAGGGUGUGGAGAGUGUGGUGGAGGUCAACAGAGGUCAUGAAGA